CCGCUCGCGCUCCAGCUCGCGCUCCCGCUCGGCUCGGUGCUCCCCGUCCGCGGCGCCGCUCGGGCUCGCUGUGUCCCGGCCUCGGGCGGUUCGCGGGCGCCGAGCCCUGCCUCCUCCUCCUGGAGAUGCUGCGCCUGUGAGGGGCGGGGGCUCGUUUGACCCGCGCGCCUCGGGAGCCGCGGAGCCCGCUUCUUGUUGCCAUUCGCGUUCCUGCCCUCGGGGGAGUCCGCCGGCCCCGCGAGCCGCGUGGAUCCCGUCCGGUCCGCACGUCGCCGGGCCGCCGCUCCCCGGAUCCGAGGACGAGCGCUUUCUGAAAAGGACAUGGAUGAAAAUGAAAGCAACCAAUCUCUGAUGACAAGCAGCCAAUAUCCUAAAGAAGCAGUAAGGAAACGCCAAAAUUCAGCACGGAGUUCUGUGGGAAGUGAUUCUUCUAGGCUUUCCAGGAAAAGUUUCAAACUAGAUUACAGACUAGAGGAAGAUGUGACCAAAUCAAAGAGAGGAAAGGAUGGCAGAUUUGUUAACCCAUGGCCAACUUGGAAGGAUCUCUCCAUCCCAAAUGUUCUCCGAUGGCUGAUAAUGGAAAAAAAUCACAGUGGUGUUCCAAACUCCAAAGAGGAACUCGACAAGGAGCUCCCGGUGCUGCGGCCCUACUUCGUCGACCGCCCCGAGGCCGCGGGGGUGAGCGGGGCGGGCCUGCGGGUCACGUGGCUGGGCCACGCCACGGUCCUGGUGGAGAUGGACGGGCUGGUGCUCCUCACCGACCCGGUGUUCAGCCCGCGCGCCUCCCCGUGGCAGCGCGUGGGGCCGCGGCGCUUCCGGCGGGCGCCCUGCUCGGUGGCCGAGCUGCCCGCGGUGCACGCCGUCGUCCUCAGCCACAACCACUACGACCACCUGGACUGCGGCUCGGUGCGCGCGCUCAACGAGCGCUUCGGGCCCGAGCUCCGCUGGUUUGUGCCCCUGGGCCUCCUGGACUGGAUGCAGAAGUGCGGCUGCGAGAACGUGAUCGAGCUGGACUGGUGGGAGGAGAACUGCGUGCCCGGGCACGACAGCGUCACCUUCGUCUUCACGCCCGCCCAGCACUGGUGCAAGAGGACCCUCCUGGACGACAACAGGGUUCUGUGGGGCAGCUGGGCCGUCCUGGGGCCUUGGAGCCGGUUCUUUUUCGCUGGAGACACUGGCUACUGCUCAGCUUUCGAAGAGAUAGGAAGGAGGUUUGGCCCUUUUGACCUGGCAGCUAUUCCCAUCGGAGCGUACGAACCGAGGUGGUUUAUGAAAUACCAGCACGUGGACCCAGAAGAAGCUGUGAGGAUUCACAUUGACGUUCAAACAAAGAAAUCUGUGGCUAUUCACUGGGGGACUUUUGCCUUAGCAAAUGAGCAUUACUUAGAGCCCCCAGUGAAGCUGAGUGAGGCUCUAGGAAGAUACGGACUUAACUCGGAAGAUUUUUUUGUCUUGAAGCAUGGAGAAUCCAGAUACCUCAAUGCCGAUGAGGAAAACUGAAUAAAUGUGAGCACAGGAGCUAUUAGUGACUAAGGUAUCCUCUAAGAAAGACCAAGGAAUUCCUGAAUAUGAGGAUUUUUUUUUACAUUGGGAAACAACUUCUGCAAAUUAGUGUUUUAUGUUUUGCGUGGUAACUUGCUUGCUCCUCCGACUCCCAGUUCAUACAGAGAAGAAGAGUUCAGAGGUGGGUCAUUUCCAUAAUGAAUUGGUGACGGGAGAUUAAAAUCCUGUCUCAAUGGUAUAAGCAUUGCAAUGGAACUAUUUUUUAACAAAAGCACUAUACUUUAGUGGUAGAAUUUGGAAGUUAAGAAAACUGAUUUUUGAGGUCUUAUUUUUGUUCUUCUGGUUAAGGGCCUCCUGCAAGAUUGAGUUUACCUAGCUAGACUGUUCCAGAGGCUUGCGCAUAGAAACCCGCUUCUUGUAUUCCCAGUAGAGAAUGUGGUGAAAUCGACAGCCACCUGCUUACAGCAGCUCUCCUUGCUCUGUCAGGAUUAGCUUAUAUGCCAAAUGUGAAGUGAUUUAUUUUUUUAAGCAUAGAAACAUAGGUUGGGCUAGGUUCCCAUUUUUAAAGACUUAAUUUUUAAAAAGAGGAGUAUUUUCUGUUGCACGUCUACAAUCCCUAAAUCAGAAGUGGAGCUGGGCAGAGGCAGGGAAAAGGGGGUGGUUAUGAGGACAUGAUUGGUGACAUUUUCUAUUUUUAAUUUAAAAGACCUGCUAAGCACAAAGAUAGCUGCAAGGAAAUAUUUUAUAAAGAUAAAUGCAGAUCUUAAAAUGUUAAUAAUUCUCUGCAUUCCAUUUUCUCUCCAUCUGCUCAUUUCUCCCACUCAUUUCAUAGCUCCAACCCUGAAUAUAUCAAUAAGGUCUAUAAAUAUUUUAUGUUUUACAGGAUUCAGAUGGCUUAUAUUUUUAUAUUAAAUGACCUCUAAGCAUGAUUCUACUUUGGCUAAGCUAGUAAUACUAGCAAUUAAAAGAAAAAUGGUGAUUUUUUUGAGAAUUAGCUGACUUGAGUUUAGUCCUUUAAGGGCUCUCUGGCUGCUUGACUGCUCUGAAUCUUCCAUGAGAGCCGAUCAGAUACAUUGGAGGCCCAUCCUGUCUUUCUGCUCCACAGUCUCGGUGAGGUAAACUUUAUUCACACAAAAUAAUCAAAAUAGGUUUUCUACACCAAAUGCUACCCAGCAGUAUCCUAUUUUCACAUAGUAUAUAUGCACGCCACCUGUUAGCCACUUAAUCUCAAUUUGAGUCCCUCCACCAUGGAUCCCGCCAUAUGUCACCUAUGCGCACUGUGCCUCAGUUUCCUCACGUACAAGAGGACAAUUUUGACCUACCUCCAAAAAAUGUGAAUAGUGAUUUUUUUUUUAAAGCACUUUGAAAAUAUAAGGGAGAAAACUAUUUCUUAAGACAUCACUGCCUAAUAUAGAUCAGUAAAUCUGAAAGCUGAAAAUAGGCUCGUGCUUUUGAAUAGUGCAUUAUUCCUGCUGCAGAGUCCACCAUAUAUAUUUAGGGCACGAAACACUGAGGACUGACAACUUUAUCUCCUUUUGUAAAUUUGAAGAGUCACAGACAAAAUAAAUGUAAAUGAUCAUUUAUGAAAAUUUAGCAUUUUUAUCUUACAAAGAUGCAAAUCAGCCAAGGGGAAAUGUGUAUAUAAUGAAGUGAAUGUAUGUGAUUUGGGGCACUAAAGCAGAAAAAAUUUACCCAUAAAAUAACCUUCAGGAAAAAAAAAAGCUGAAUCACCAUAAACCUUUUCACUCCAAAGGAACAUUCUAGCAAGCAGAUGGGAAUGGAGGUGUUAGGUUGAGGGUGGAUUAGCUGGCGGUGGUGGGGGCUGCUGGCGCCCUAGUACUACCCCGUGUGGUCACCUUCCUUGCUGUUGCCCGCCACACUGAAAAUUCAUCUCUUACCUCUGCUUUGUGAAGACCAAGUUCAUCUUAAUUUGUCUUCUCCAUGAAUGGCCUUAACAUUAUUUCUGUAUUCACAGAAACUAACUGCAGGUCUCUGAGCACUUUAAAUCAUGUUACAGUUCAUUUAAUAAAAGGCCUGCCUUUUUCUAGGCCUUCUCAGAAGCUUUAAUUUUUAUUACCAUUCACAUUCUUUCUACACUGACAUCUUGUUUGUGAAGAAGUAUGUGGAGCUUCAUGUUUCCUCGUAGAAUCAUGUGCAGUUUGUGUGGUUUCAGUUUUUUCACUUAGCUACAUUUUUGCAGGGUUUAUGUAUAAAGCAAAAUCAAAUUUUGAAAAGUAAGCCAAAUCCACUCUCUUGCGUCCAUUCAGUCUAACAUAGGGUAUAAUGCCUUUUACUUGGUCUUACCUGAUCAGUUUCAUUUUGCUCUCCGGUUAGCCAGCACCCAUUCGAACCUGUGAGAUCUUACGGACAGUCCCUUCCUCCUGUAGUAAGUGAUGGACACCCAGAGAUUGGUUCUUCCUUGCCCAGAGGGUCGGAUCACUCACUGUGGGGGGAAUACCACCCAAUAAAAGCCAAGAUGUGCCAUGACCUACAUAGAUCAGGAAUUCUUUGUGCACUUUGACUUUGUAAUUUUUUAGGAAGUUAAAAAUGACUCGCCUUUUAUCUAACAUUUUGACAUUUCAAACUCCAUGCUCUGAACCCCAGGAACUGGGAUUAUCUCAAACUAAAGACGGAGGAAAAGAAAUGGCGUUUUAGAAUCCAGUGCUGCUGAAGCACAUCAAAUCCUAGUUUUUACUCAUGCAUACAUUUGUGUUUUCAUAAAGAGGCAGAUUAAAAAAUUCGUUAUAAAGGAAUGUGCCUUUCAGGGAAUUAGGACUUUUAUUUAUCAGUGAUGCAAACCUUGCCAGCAUAUACACAUUACUACCGUAGCCAGCUGGGAACUAACAUGUUUUCACCUUAAUACGGAAUCUUUUCUACUGUAAAAAAUAUUUCUUGCAAGUUUGAUUUCUGUAUCAGGCUAACCCUGGAAAUACACACAUUUUUCUGUUUGAGGAUUUGUGACUUCCUAUGGAAAUCCAUGUAUUUACAAAUGAAAUUUAAAGUACUUGUACAGCUUUGCCUUAAAUACCUGGAGUAGGAAAGCUGCUUGCAUAUGGAUUUACCUAAUACUAAGCAUGGUGAUGGUUAUGAACUUGAAUAUUAUAAAACCUGGCUGAAUUGAAAUCUAUUAAUAUUUUUAUUCCAUAAGCUAUUGUGACAAUGAUUACAAUUAAAAUAUACAAAAAGCUAAGUAAAAUAUGGAUGAAUAUUAAUAAAGUACUAUCAAGAGAAA